AUGAUGAAUCUAGGAAUUAUUCGUCCUUCCUCCAGCCCAUGGGAUCCUCCCCUCUACACGGUACCCAAGAAAUCCACUGAUGAUUGGAGACCAUGCGGCGACUGUCGCGCUCUCAACAGAGCCACUGUUCCCGACCAAUACCCUAUUCCCCAUAUGCACGAUUUUUCUCACACGCCAGCCGGAAAAAAUAUUUUUGCCAAAAUAGACCUCGUGACGGCAUAUCACCAAAUUCCGGUCGAGGAAGAGGACAUUCCCAAGACCACCGUCACAACGCCUUUUGGUUUGUUCGAAUUCCUUUGCAUGCCGUUUGGUUUGCGUAACGCGGCCCAAUCCUUCCAACGCUUCAUCGAUGACAUCUUGCGGGGUCUCUCAUUCACUUAUGUCUACAUUGACGACAUACUCGUCGCAAGUUCUUCGACAGAGGAACAUGCCUCGCACUUGCGCCAGACAUUCGACCGUUUCCAGCAACAAGGUCUGCAAUUAAACGUCGACAAAUGUAUCUUUGACCUCUCUUCUCUAGACUUCCUUGGUCACCACGUCGACCAGCACAGAAUCACACCGCUGCUAGAGAAGGUGCAGAGCAUCCUGUCAUUCCAUGUCCCCAAGACCCUAACUCAGCUGCGGCGUUUUAUAGGUCUUCUAAACUAUUACAGACGUUUUAUACCUCACUGUGCGGCGACCCUAGCAAAACCCAUCGAACAUCCUCCAGCAGCUCACUCAGCCUUUGAGGCAGUUAAGAAAGCUCUUGCUGAUGUCACUUUGCUUCACCAUCUCAGCUCCGAUCCCCACGCUGAUCUUGACCACUGACGCUUCCAAUAAUGCUGUCGGCGCAGUCCUACGUCAACAGGUGAAUAACCAGUCGCAGCCGUUGGCUUUCUUUUCACAGAAGCUACAACCGGCGCAGACUCCCUACAGUACUUUCUCUCGCGAACUCCUUGCCAUCUACCUGGCCAUUCGUCAUUUUCGGCACCUCUUAGAGGGCAGAGAUAUUUCGGUUCACAGCGACCACAAACCUCUCACUUACGCCCUCAAGGCCAAGCCAGAUGGGUACUCGCCCAGGGAAGUUCGUCAUCUGGACUAUAGAUCGCAGUUUACUGCAGAUAAGCGAUACGUCCGAGGCAGCGACAAUGUCGUUGCUGAUGCAUUAUCCCGUCCGGACAUCAACACAUUUACAUCCGAUUUCGACCUGGCGAAGCUUGCAGACCUCCAAUCAGGCGACAAGUCCAUUGACGACCUGCGUUCUACUACUACUCUGCAACUUCGAGAAGCACCACUUCCCGCAUCACCAGGCACGAUUUUAUGCGACUGGUCCACAGGCACUCCUCGGCCUGUUGUUCCACUAUCCUACCGCAAGACAGUGUUUGAGCAUUUCCAUUCCCUGUCACAUCCUGGCAUCCGCGCUUCGCGUAAACUAAUCGCUUCUCGUUUUAUCUGGCCGAAGAUGAACUCUGACAUCGCUCUUUGGACUAAGCAGUGCUUAGCCUGCCAGAAGAAUAAAGUACACCGUCACACAUUUUCUCCACCAAGUACAUUUGCCGUUCCAUAUGUUCGAUUCCACCACGUCCACUUGGAUUUAGUUGGUCCGCUACCCCCUUCACGCGGAUACACGCAGUUCUGCAGUGCAAGCAUUUACAUCCGAAGUAAGGAAGAAAUCAGUCCAGUCGUAGGAAUUAAGGUGUGUUAAUAAUUCGGUUGAGCGAGUUGAUCGGAAAUGGCGGAAAAAGUUAUGCUUUGGGGACAACGUUUUGUCAGCCUCGAAUUCCAACGUUGAGCCCACGAGUGGGCCUAGGGAUGACACUGACUCAAUUCAAUUCAAUUAUUUUUAUUAAAGACCCGUCGGGGUCCCAUCAAAGCAAGUAAAAAUAAAUUUACAUGCGAAUUUUAGACGAGGUAGGCAAAAUCUGUACAAAGUGCAAUACAUAGUCUUUUGGGAUUAGAAGUCCGUUCAGCAAAAUGAAAAUGAAAAAACGAGGGGUGAAAAAAAACUCCAAAGCAAAAUUUAAAAAUGAUUGUAGUAAUUUAACAGGAGAAAAAAAAACCCUCAGAAAAAUAGCAUCAGAAAAAUACAGGGAGGACUGGCCUGCAUGUGGCGGUACAGAAUGGAAUAUAGUCCGACAUCAACAUGGCCGAAAUAAAUGUCAGCUGUAUAUGGCAUUGUGUAACGGAUUUCAUAAAAUGGUACGUAGGCGGGUCGGUCAGGACUGGCCUGUAUGUGGCCUUGAAAAAGAUAAAUAAAUGGCGAAAUUGAAGACCAGUCUCGAGCUGAUAGGAACCCAGAUGCGGUCGGUUUUAUUCAACCGAGUCCAUCCGAGCAUGGGGGAAGGCAGAUGCGACCAGACUACUAAUAUAUGGCAAGUAUAGAAGGCUUUGUCAAAAUCGCCGAUGGAACACAUUCUGUAAGGGCACGAUGACAACCAGUCUCGAGGCGACAAGAACCCAGAUGCGGUCUGUUACAUUCAUCAGAGUCCAUCCGAGGAUAGGGCAAAGGAGAUGCGACCAGACUACUAGUAUAUGACGAUGGCAUGCAGCCUCUACAAAAAAUUAGGUCAAGUAUGCUUGAUCUUCGGGUGGGAAAAUCGACAACCUGAGUCCACAUCCCAACAUCCACAGCCUCAAGUAAGUCUUCGAACUUUCUGGGGCCUGAAGGCGGAGACCAGCGGAGUUCGGUGAGAUUAAAGUCGCCCGCAACCAAUUGGUACUUAAAGCUUAAUUCGGUCGCAACAUGAAAUGCCUGUGAGAGUAAACGAUCAAAAUAUUCGUUGGCGUUGGGAGGGCGAUAAACACAGCCAACGAGUAAGGAGCACUUAUUUUUUUAGAGCAACCUGGAGCCAGCAGCUGCCUUCUACUGCCGAAAAGUGCGGGAGGUCCAAAGGCAAAAAUUUAAGUGUUUGCUUAACGUAGACGCAACUGCCCCCACCACGACUAUCUUGGCGAUCAUUUCGAAUGCAAUUAUAGCCUAGAAGCGAGGGUUCGGAGUCAGCUACGGAGGCUGAUGUCCAUGUCUCAGUUACUAAAACAAUACCUGAACAAUGGACGAACACAAGAGUCUGAAGCGAAGGCAUCUUAUUAAGCAAGGAUCUGGCAUUUAAAACAAAAAGUUCGAAUGGAAAGGCUGUUUACUUGUGAGGGAGGUGGGCUACAUCGUCCAGUGCUGGGCUGCCCGCGGAGGAAACGGUCCGGCUGUAACCAUCCGGUUCUGCAAAAAAUUUUCUGGCAUCGAAAAAUUCUGACAUGGAUAAAAAGGGGUAGGAUUUGGGGGAGGGAAUGACGGGCAGGUAAACUGGUAACCAUUGUUAGCUAACUUAUUUUCAGCUGGUAAUCCACGGGCCGGAUACUGUAGCGUAUUCCCGCCGGAACGAAACUGAGGAUCGGAUAAGUUAACUGAUCCAGUAUGGACAUUAGCAUGAGGAAUAAAUUGAUAAAACGGCCGUGGUGGAAACAAGUUAGGGGGUGGGGGGACGCAUUGCUUCUAUUGGAGCAAGAGUUCUAUUAAACGGUGGGAAAAUCGGCAUGUUCGGCCUAACUGCCUCGAUAUGAGGGCUGAGGCAGUUGGGAACACGCUACGUUUUGAGUUGGGGUAUUUGAGGCACUGUUCUGGUUCAGUUCUGGGACCAAUGCUCUUCAUCCUUUAUGUUAACGACAGCCUUCAGGAACUCGACUGCGGCAAAAUAAUGUUUGCAGACGACGUUAAGCUCUGGCAAGUCAUUAAGGGACCGAAUAAUCCGAGAUCCCUUCAAGAUAAUCUGCACCGACUGCAAGCGUGGUCGAAGAAAUGGCUUCUUGAUUUCAAUGUGGAGAAGCAUGCCGUCCAUCAUCUGCGUCCAACCAACGCUCAUUCAAAUGAGAGCCUGAGGACAUAUCACCUGAAAGAUAUAAGGCUCCUUGCCUAA